AAGUAACUAAAGCAAACAAAUUGGACUUGGAGAGUGUAAAUGAAUAUACAUAUUCAUUAGUUGAGACUGAAGAAGAUGAGUCUGAUUUGGAGAGCAAAUAUGAAGAUGCAGAAUUUAUAUUUUCAUUAGACAAAAAUCAGAACUUUAAAUCUUGA